AUGGCCGACGCCUCGACCGCCAACCAGCCCGAGACCUCUCCAGCCCAGCUUUCGGAGUGCUGCCUAAAGGGCCAUCUGUGGGACGGGCAGCCCGCCGGAACCGCCCGUCCCCUGCAGACCAAUCCCAACAUCCAGGCGUACUUUGCCCAGCCACCCGGCUCGGCCAAAGCCGCCAUUGUCAUCUUCACCGACGUCUUUGGAUACGAGCUUACCAAUACCAGGCGACUCUUCUUUGGAGACCCAGCAACCCGCCGUCCCGAGGAAUUUGAAGGACUCAUGGACCCUGUUACGACUUGGGGCCAGCGCUGGAGCCAAGUCGGGCGAAUGCUGCGAUUGGGGCCGCAUAUGGCGUCCUGGAUUAUGCGACAUACCCCAAAAGAAAUCGUCCCUGUCAUCGAUGCCACUCUCGCCGAAGUGCGGGAGCAUUUUGGCAUCCACAAGAUUGGCACCCAGGGCUUUUGUUUCGGCGGCAAGUAUGCCGGGAUGCUGGCCGGCUCGACGCAGAUUCAGGCCUCGUCCAUUGUCCAUCCCAGCGGCGUCUCGGUGCCCACGGAUAUCAAGAACAUCGCCGUGCCCGUCCAGUUCAUCUUUGCCGAGCACGAUCCUACGUUCACCCCCGCCAACCAGAAAGAAACGGAGCGAAUCUUGCAGGGCAGACCCGAAAUCGAUUCGGAGAUCAACUUCUAUCCCGGCACUGUCCACGGAUUCGCAUGUCGCGGCGACGAGAAAGACCCCGUUGCCACCACUGCUCGCCGCGAAGCCCUGGCGAAGAGCAAGGCAUUUUUCCAGAAGCACCUCCUCAAGGAGUGA